UCGUGCUCACUGACCGGCUGCAGGCUGAGUCGUUAUUUCUUUUGGAACUUUGAACACGCCCCCCCGCCUUCCCCCUGUGCACUUCAACCUCUGCUUGCUCAAAUAUUUAGUGAAAAGAACGCAAAAGAAAACAGGCUUUGCGGGCUGCUACAACAUGUCGACGGCUGGCUUGAAACUACUGGUGAAAAACGCGCGGCAGGUGCUCGUGAUUUGCGACGAGGGCGAGAAAUACCUGACGCGAGCCAACGGCGAUGACAUCGACAUUCGCGUCGUCCCAAACGCAAGCGUCGUCGUCGACAGCGAUGGUCUGAUCGAAGCGGUCGGGCCGGCCGAGGCCAUCGAGUCCGAGUAUUCGUGCGCGUCCUUCGAUCGCGUGAUAGACGCCACGGGGAUGUGCGUGCUGCCCGGCUUGGUGGACGCUCACACUCACCCGAUUUGGGCCGGCGACCGCGUGCACGAGUUCGCCAUGAAGCUGGGGGGCGCCACUUACAUGGACUUGCAUCGGGCGGGGGGCGGCAUCCACUUCACGGUGGAGCGCACGCGCGCUGCGGGCGCCCGGGACCUCCUGGCCUCGCUGAGCGGCAGGCUGGAGCGCAUGCGGCGGGCCGGGACCACCCUGGCGGAGGUCAAGAGCGGCUACGGCCUGGACCUGCCCACCGAGAUGAAGAUGCUGGAGGUGGUGGAGGAAGCCCGCCGCACUCUGCCCAUCGGCAUCUCGUCCACAUACUGCGGCGCCCAUGCCGUGCCCAAAGGGAAGAGUGUGGAAGAGGCCACCGCGGACAUCCUGCAGGUUCAACUCUCCGCGUUGAAGGAGCGCAUGGCGACCGGGGAGCUGCGGGUGGAUAACAUCGACGUCUUCUGUGAGGAGGGGGUCUUCGACGUGCCGUCCACACGCGCAAUUCUGCAGGCGGGCAAGGACAUGGGCCUCAACGUCAACUUCCACGGAGACGAGCUGCACCCCAUGAACGCCGCCCAGCUGGGGGCCGAGCUGGGGGCGUUGGCCGUCAGCCACCUGGAGGAAGUAACGGAUGAGGGCAUCGCCGCCAUGGCCCGGGCGAAGACGGCGGCCAUCUUGCUGCCGACCACGGCUUACAUUCUCAGGCUAGCUCAACCGCGGGCACGAGCCAUGUUGGAUGCGGGCGUGAUCGUGGCCCUGGGCAGCGACUUCAACCCCAACGCGUACUGUUGCUCCAUGCCCAUCGUCAUGCACCUGGCCUGCGUCAACAUGAGGAUGUCCAUGCCCGAGGCCUUGGCGGCGGCCACCAUCAACGCCGCCUACGCCCUGGGACGCUCGCACACGCAUGGCUCGCUGGAGGCGGGAAAACACGGCGACCUGCUGGUCAUCGCCGCACCGCGGUGGGAGCAUCUCAUCUACCAGCUGGGCGGACAUCAGGAGCUCAUCCGCUACGUGGUCGUCAAGGGCGACGUGGUCUACGACAACGACCGGACGCUGGCUUUGUGAAGAGGCGCGGGGCCAAUAAAAGCCGGAGCUGAAAUGGAGUCGUUGCGUCUGGCGAAACGUUUUUUUGGAGCUGCGAUUGUGAGCCGUGACAAUUAUUGCGACAUCAAGGCACACGCGCGCCACACGGAGCGGCACAA